AUGCACCCCUUCUCGAUUGUCACCCUCGCUAUAUUUGUAGCUGGCUACGGUACUGCUCGAUGGGACCUUGUUACUCGCCUCUACGAGCUUGCUGUUUUUGCGUGGGAUAAGGGAGUCAUUCUGCGCGGUGUCCAGGGAGUCAGCCUACUAACACUGCUCUUCCUCGUCAUCUUCCUGCCUGUGCAACGCUUGGCUCAGUCUGAGUCCAGUUUGGCUCCUUCUAGGCCGAGUCAGCGUUCUGACAUGCCAGAGCAUGCUGGGCUGAUGCGAGUAUUCUGGCCGACGGACAUCGCGAGAUCUGAUCUACCCGGUGUCAUUGUCGGUUGGAGAAAUUCAGAUCUCGACGUGGUCGUAGUCGCAAUCCUGCAUCAUGUCGAUCCCAGAAGUGUCGAAAAUGCCUUGAAGACGGGCGUUCUAUUGAGAGGCGCGCCGCACUCCGUGCCACGCAUAUUCGAACUCUGCGGUCAAUCGUCUAUGCACGUACUUGGCGUUACGAACGCCGCGCCCGAUGCCACGGUCGAACCAGAACCCUCCUGGGUUCGAGCUACCACAGCACCCGCACUGCGAGCCCCCCGGAUCGCCUGCUCAAAGGCGUCGAGUGUCCAGACUAUCCUUUUCGACAGGCCCAUCCCACACCGCAUGCAAUACAUAUCGCUCGACCCGAUUGCGCUCGCGCUUGCCAAUAAGGAGGACUCGUCUUUAAUGUCCAUAUCUGACAGCUCCGAGGCGGAUGAUGAGAAACAGGAGCGAGAAGCAAAGCAAAAGAGACGCCAGCUGGUGGCAAAGCUGCGGCAGCACGGCGUUGUCAAGCCUGCGCCGUCUAUGAAAGACAAGGCUUUGGCGCGAAUCGUCAAUCAGAUCAAUUGGGCGUGGGAGCUGGAGCAUCUGCUCCAGAAGAACGUUUCCCUCAUUGGUACACGGCCCAAACGGACCUUGAGUGUGUCCGAACGCGUGGUUGAGCAUGCAACGACUAUGCGAGAUUAUGUCAUGCAUUGGGUCUGGGAUAUGAUUAUUCUCUAUCUCUUUCCCGUUAUUAGGAGGGCAUUCAUACUCGCUCUCGUUGGACAUCGAGUCGCAGCCGAGCUUUUGCUCAUGGUUCUCGAAUGGAGACUCCGACCCAGUUCUCCAGCUCUUAAGGAUGUAUCUGCUACAGCCCAGCAGGUGGAAAUACGACUCCAACAGUUUUGUUACUGGCCCAUGCAGUAUGUCAAACUCCGCUUACGUAAGAACGAUUGGGAGAGCGUCACGACGAGCCAUCCCGACUAUAUUCGCUUCUACAAUAGCUUAUGGCUUGUAGCGAACGACGUCAUAAUCGGUAUAGCUCUGGGCUCCUACAUCAUCGACAAUGCGGGUUGGGUAGCUGAGCAGAUCAGCUUGUUACUGAGGCAAUACACUGUUGAGGCCCUCCACAGCAGCAUCGAGUGGCUCAUGGGCUGGCCCGCCGGCUUGAAGCUCAACAAGGAGCUCGCCCUCUUCCUUGGUGACCUCUUUCUGUGGGUCAUCGAGUACUGGGCUAGUUGUAUCAGUACUUUGCAUCCACUGUUGCCUCACAUUAUAUGGUUCAUCGGGUUUUCCAGCUUCGCAGGUGCCAGCAUGCCCAUCGCACUGUUGUCCGACCUCCUGUCAAUCCUCACCCUGCACAUCUACUCGUUCUACCUUGCCUCGGCUCGAAUUUUCCACUGGCAGCUGACCAUACUACUGUCACUCUUCCAGCUCUUUCGAGGCAAGAAGUACAAUGUUCUACGCAACCGUGUUGACUCUUGCGACUACGACUUGGACCAGCUGCUCGUCGGUACCAUCCUUUUCACACUUCUCUUCUUCCUGCUGCCUACCGUUGUUGUAUUCUACCUCAACUUCGCAAUUGCACGCAUGUCCAUCAUAUCCCUUAAAGCGGUAUUCGAUACUUUGCUUUCUUGUCUAAAUCAUUUUCCACUGUUCGCCUUGAUGCUUAGGGUAAAGGACCCCCGGCGUCUUCCUGGCGGCAUUCGUUUUGAACUUCGUGAUACCCAAGAUAGACUGGCGCUUGAUUAUCCUUCUUCCCUGCCCUCUCCGGCUCAACCGCCGACAUCUGUCAUUUACCUAAAGCCCAUCCCUUUGACCUUCACAGCCAUGUUUCAUCAAUAUUUCCAGAUGGGCAACCGCAUCCGCAAACACUAUCUCAGCCCCCGAGUGCUCUUCUGCCUCAUGACGGGUCGAUUCGUGCCACCAAUUCAUCGGAAGAAUCUGUACUCGCUACAAUACAGCAUGCUACCAGCCACACGGUCGGGCAUCUUCGAGAUGUGGGAAGCGCUCAAUUCCCUGCCGGUGAAAAAGCGGCCGGUAUAUGUGUACCCGUACUCAUUCCAUAAUUUGAACUUGCCGAAUGGAAACAGCAGGCGGGCCAAUGGGCGGAGGGGCGGCGGGGUUUACUGA